AUGAGCAUCCUCUCAACCAGAUCCGUAGCCUCAAAGUGCCUGAAAUGCCCUGCAUUCCAGGCUGGCAAAUGUGCGGGAACCAUCACCAACAAACGACGUAUGGCAACAGAGGCCGUGCCUCCCACCCGGAAGAACAAGAAGGAGGGAGAUAUUUCGUCUGUUUUCACAUCAUUCUCUGGUCGAAAGGCCGAGCCGCUCCCUGAUAGAUACCGAGAUCUCAAGCGACAACUUACCACUGGGUUCGAAGAGCAGAUCCAAAAGUCGUGGGAUGAUCUAGUUGAGGUUCUCAAGGUCCGAACCGAAGAGGUUGCUACGAAAAGGGAAGCUAUCAUUCCUCAGGUCCAAUUCUCCGAUAUCCAAGCCAACACUGUACCCUCCUCCAGUAUUGAGGCUGUUCGAAGGACUGGCGUCGCUGUUAUCAGAGGCGUCAUGCCCAAGGACUCUACCGAAGCGCUUCUUGAAGAUGUCCGUGGCUACUUCUCGAGACAUGCCUUCAAGGGUUUCCCUGCGGACUCAGAUAAGAAGGUUGUUUAUGAGUCCUACUGGAGUCCAUCCCAGGUCAAGGCUCGAUCGCACCCCAACAUGCUUGCUACACAGACGUGGAUGAACCAGUUCUAUACUGCUGAUGCUGAUCAAAAGAUUGAUCUCAACACUCCCCUUUCAUACUGCGACCGAGUUCAGAUUCGUCCCCCUGGAGAUACCCAAUUUGCCCUUUCGCCCCAUGUAGAUGGCGGAGGUGUUGAAAGGUGGGAGGACAAAUCCUACAAUCACGUCUACCGAAAGAUCUUCCAAGGAAAGUGGGACGAGUAUAACCCAUGGGAUCUCACUGGUCGACUUGACGCCAACAUGAACAUGUACGACGGACCAGGAGGAUGUUCCGUGUUCCGAACCUUCCAGGGCUGGCUCGGACUAUCUCGCCAUGGACCUCAACAAGGAACACUGGUUGUCCAUCCUAUUCUGCAGCCUUCUACAGCCUACUGGAUGCUUCGACCAUUCUUUAAGCCUACUAGAAACGGUUCCCUGGAUGGAUGGAAGUUCUCUCUUGAUGAUGACGAUGGCAACGUCUUCCUUCACGGCGCCAACCCUGGAACAGCACAGGAGCACAACCCCGACCACCACCCUCACCUCCGAUUGAGCGAGACCAUGAUCCCAUAUCCUACUGUUGAGCCCGGUGAUACCGUGUUCUGGAGCGCGGACACUAUCCACGGUACAGAGAACAACAAUACAGGCGAUGUAGAUGCCUGCGUUUUCUAUAUCCCAUCGGUCCCAUUGACUCCCAGCAACGCGCAUUACGUCGCGCAACAGAGGGACGCCUUCCUACAGGGAAUUCCUCCGCCUGACUUCCCCGGUGGUGCCGGAGAGUCCGAGUUCUCUGACAAGGCCACCACCGAGGACAUUCUGAGUGACUCUGGGAAGCGAGCGAUGGGUUUAAGCCCUUUCAGCACUUCAGAGACAACUAAGGAGAAGGAGAGUCUAGUGUCUGAGGUAAACAAGAUUCUGGGCUACUAA